GCUCCAAAGCUGGCACUGCCGUUCCUGCUGCAAUGGCGAGGCCGCCCACAAUGGUGAUCCAGGACGACUACAUCGACAUGGACCUCACCCCGGCCGCCACGCCGAUGCCGCCCUCCUCGCCACGCUUCGAGUUCCAGAGCACCGCAGCCGGCGGCGCCAAGCACAGGGAGCCGGCGUUCGCGUCCCCGGCGGACGAGCUGUUCUACAAGGGCAACCUGCUGCCGCUCCACCUGCCGCCGCGGCUGCAGCUCGUGCAGCGGCUGCUCCAGGAGCAGCAGCCGGUGCAGGCGCUGCAAGGGGUCGAUAAGAGGGAAGCGGAGUCGGAUGCGGCGGCGGACGGGGGAGACGCCGCCGCGGCCGGCAAGGCGUGCGCUGCCAAGAGGCCGUCUUGGGCCAAGAAGCUCAAGGUGGUGAAGCGGUGGGCGUCGAAGGAGUACAUCAGGUCCUUCUUCCUGGCCAGGCCGACGCCGAGCGACAUCGUCGUCGACGGCACUGCCAAUGGCAAUGGCAUCGGCAGCGUCAGCGCGAGGGGCAGUGUCCUGGAUCAGGAGGAGGUGUGCCACCACCGCAAGUCCUUCUCCGGCAUCAUACGGCGGGUGCGUCUGGUGGCGACCAAGGCGCCGGGGACCUCGCCACUGUGCUCCUCGUCGUCCUCGUCAUCUUCAUCGACGCCGUCCUGCGGCAACGCGAACGGAUUCUUCUUCCGGCCGCCACCGGCGGCGGCAGCGACGCCGGUGCUGAAACGGAGCAGCAGCGCCGGGUCGGAGGAAGGCGCCAUCCAGGGCGCCAUCGCGCACUGCAAGCGGUCCCAGCUGCUGCAGCCGGGGAUGGUGGUCUCGGCUCGGAGGAGCGUGAGCGACGUCAUGUUCUACUCGGUGACGAAUACUCCCAGGGCCUCCUCCGUGGCCGCCGGUGAGGUUGCGCAUGAGAGGCAGGAGAUGUGCAGGGGCUGAUGCCGAUGGGGUUGGCAUCGGUGCCAUGGAU